AUGGGCACUGUGUCGUCGAAGAGUUCCACUUCGACACGGCCAAUAGGCUCUGUCGACGAGGUGCCGAACCACGUGCGGCCUUCCUGCACGGCCGUGUCGAGGAAGACAACAGAGUUGUGCGAGUUCUGCGGGUACGGCGGCGCACAUGCAGCAGCAGCAGCGUAUACAGUUCCACUUACCAGAAGCUUCGUUGCACCGCCAAGGGGAAGGAAAAGAAAGAAAGAAGAAAAACAAAGUCCCAGCCCGGAACCCAAUCCCACACGAGAAAAAGGAUUUUCCUCAGAACGCGCCGCGGGCCGGGGAAUGAAAAGAAACCGGGGCGGCCGCCCCCAAAAACGAGAAAAAGGGCGUGCCGCUCCCCCGGCGCCAUCCUCGGUCGAGGUGGUGGGCGGGCGGUCGCCGCGUGGGGUGGCGCGCCUUUUCUGGGUUUGGGGAUUGCUUUUUGCUGGUGAUUGGUUUUUCUGUUGGGUGCUGUGCGGGGGCGGGCUGCGGUUUUAUUGUUGUGAGAUGGGAGUUGUUUGA